AGGGGCUUCUGGGGCGGGACCAAGGUCCCUUCUGCUUUCCUUUUGGUUCUCUCCAACCGCCGCAGACACUCCGCGCGAGUGAGCAGAGGGCGGUUUCCCGGGCGGCUCUGCCAGCGUACGCACCCCCAAGCUCGCGGGGCACGGCGCCUUCCCUGCCCCGCGCACAAGCUGUGCCACGUAGCCUUGACCCCUGCGACUCCCCUGCAGCUCCCGCGGACGAACGCACGGAUCGACUCGCACGCUGUAAGCCAGUGAGUCGUCGGAGACUCACACUGCCGAGGAGCCUCGUGCGCCAUGCCAUCCCCGCCCAACUGGCCCCCGACGCCCUGCGCCCUACGGCCCUCGCCCUUCCCGCACCCUGUGCUGCACGCUCUCCACCGCCUGACCCGCGCGCUGCUUUUCCCGGCCUACUGGGCCCUGGACCAGCUGCUGGGCUGCUGGGCGCCGGCCGAGAGCCGGAGCGAACAGAGCUGGCUGAGAACCGCCGCAGGCGCCGCGGGCGCGCUGCUGCUGCUGCUCGCGGCCCUGCCCCUGACUCUCCCGGCGCUGCUGCUCUGGCUGCUGCUGCAGGCCUGGCGCCGUCCCUUCUGCUACCAGCCUCCUCCGCGGUGCUGGGCGCCCCCUGCGCCCUGGUGCCCCCGCACUGAGCCCGCGCGCAGCUUCGGCUUCUUCAGCGCAAAUCUGUGCCUGCUCCCCGACGGGCUGGCGCGCUUCAACAACUUGCCCCACACGCAGCGGCGGGCCGCAGCCGUGGGCGCCGUGUUGCUCGCCGGCCUGCGGAGUUCGCCCUAUGGGGCUACAGGCUGCGGUUCGCCAGUGCAGGCGAUGCCGUGCGGGGUGCUGACGGGAGCCAUGCCAGCGAGUCUGGACUUCGUGUGCCUGCAGGAGGCGUUCGAUCUUCGCGCAGAGCGACGCCUGGUGAGCCUCCUGGCAUCUAAUCUGGGCCCGGUGUUGUACGACGUGGGCACAUUCGGCCUGCAGCACGGCCUACACCUCAAGUUGCUGGGCAGUGGGCUGCUGCUGGCCUCGCGCUAUCCGCUGCUGCGUGCCGCCUUCCAGUCCUUCCCCCACGCACGUGGCGAGGAUGCUCUGGCCUCCAAGGGACUACUUUCCGCGCAGGCGCAGCUGGGCAUCCUGGACGGGCGCCGCGUCGUGGGCUUCCUGCACUGCACACACUUGCACGCGCCCAGCGAGGACGGGCUCCUGCGCUGCAAACAGCUGACGGUGCUCCUGGACUGGGCCGGGCAGUUCGAGGCGGAGAGCCGCCAGAGUGACGAGGCCGUGGCCUUCAGCGUGCUCCUGGGUGACCUCAACUUCGACAACUGCUCACUAGACCACCAGCAGGAGCAGGAGCACCAGUUUUUCAGCUGCUUCCGGGACCCCUGCCGGCUGGGCACGCGCCGGGAGCAGCCCUGGGCCCUGGGGACGUUGCUGAGACCCUCUGAGCUCCGCCGCUCCGUGGCCUGCUCGCCGGAGAUGCUGCGUAGGGCCCUGGAGCAGAAGAAAGGGCGCCGCCGUUACCUGGCAGGCCCUCCCCGUGGAGGUCCCCCAGCUGAGUCCUGGCGGGGCCGGCGCCUGGACUACAUCACCUACCGCAGCACGCCUGGAGGCCUUCUGAGCCCGGAGGUGGAGCAGGUGACAUUCAGCACUGCCCUGGCCGGGCUCACAGACCACCUGGCCGUGGGACUUCGGCUCCGAGUGUCCACGUCUUCCUAAGGCCAGCUUGCAGGAGACAGGU